UCCCUGCUCCGCCACCGCUACAGCAGCACCCCCCACACCAUCGUCUACUAAAAAAAAGAAAGAAAAAACAGAAAAGAACAAAAAAAAGAAAAGAAAAGAAAACAAAUUUGGGAUGCAAGCAUGCCACAACAGCAGCUAGGUAUCCGCCUAUCCUCCCCCAAAGUCACCGCAGGCGCAGCAGCAGGCUUCCCCCGUCCGAGAGAGCGCGGAGACUCCACCGAGUGAUGCCACUGCUGCAGCAAGAAAAGCACCCAGCAACCGCGCACAUUCUCGACGCCUGCCGGAGGACCCGACACCACAGUCUCGGCCCUUGACAGAAGAGAGAGCCCCCCCUCCCCCUCACCCCCCUCGGCUCCGCUCCCGUCCCGACUCCAGGAUGUCCGACAGCAACGCAAGUCCCACCGACCGGGUGAUCAAAUCGGUCCCCUUCCCUCUGGCCCACCGGCUGACCAUGAAGGAGGUGUUUGACGCCGAAGGCCGGCCGAGGGUGGACCUGCUCAAAGCUCACCUCACCAAGGAGGGUCGCCUGGAGGAGGCCGUGGCCCUGCGCAUCAUCGAUGAGGGCGCCGCUAUCCUGCGCCAGGAGCGCACUAUGUUGGAUAUUGAGGCGCCAGUCACGGUGUGUGGAGAUAUCCACGGCCAGUUCUUCGACCUGAUGAAGCUGUUUGAAGUGGGAGGUUCUCCUGCCAACACGCGCUACCUCUUCCUAGGGGACUAUGUGGACAGGGGCUACUUCAGUAUCGAGUGUGUGUUGUACCUGUGGUCACUGAAAAUCCUCUACCCAAAGACGCUCUUUCUUCUACGGGGAAACCAUGAAUGUAGACAUCUGACAGAAUAUUUCACCUUCAAACAAGAAUGUAAGAUCAAGUACUCGGAGCAGGUGUACGACUCCUGCAUGGAGGCGUUUGAUUGCCUGCCCCUAGCAGCCCUGAUGAACCAGCAGUUCCUGUGCGUGCACGGCGGGCUUUCACCAGAGAUCCACACGCUGGACGACAUCAAGAAGUUGGACCGGUUCAAGGAGCCCCCGGCAUUUGGGCCCAUGUGCGACCUGCUGUGGGCCGACCCCCUGGAAGACUUUGGCAAUGAGAAGACCCAGGAGUACUUUGGUCACAAUACAGUCAGAGGCUGCUCCUAUUUCUACAGUUACCCGGCAGUGUGUGAGUUCCUACAGACCAACAACCUGCUGUCAAUCAUCAGAGCGCAUGAAGCACAGGAUGCUGGGUACCGUAUGUACAGGAAGAGCCAGACCACAGGUUUCCCCUCCCUCAUCACUAUAUUCUCCGCUCCAAACUACCUGGAUGUCUACAACAACAAAGCGGCGGUGUUGAAGUAUGAGAACAACGUGAUGAACAUCCGUCAGUUCAAUUGCUCUCCUCAUCCGUACUGGCUGCCCAACUUCAUGGAUGUCUUCACCUGGUCGCUGCCUUUCGUGGGAGAAAAAGUGACCGAGAUGUUGGUCAAUGUUCUGAGUAUCUGCUCUGACGAUGAACUGAUGAAUGACGGAGAGGAGAUCUACGAUGCCAGUGCAGCAGCAGCCAGGAAAGAGGUGAUCAAAAACAAGAUUCGAGCCAUUGGGAAGAUGGCGAAAAUGUUUUCUGUUCUACGGGAGGAGAGUGAGAACGUGUUGACCCUGAAGGGACUGACCCCUACGGGCAUGCUGCCCAGUGGAGUGCUGUCUGGGGGCAAACAGACCCUGCAGAGCGCUACCAUUGAGGCCAUAGAAGCCAUCGAGACAGUUAAGGACGAGGAAGCCAUCCGAGGCUUCUCCCCGCAGCAUCGGAUCAGCAGUUUCGAGGAGGCCAAAGGUCUGGACCGGAUCAACGAAAGGAUGCCUCCGCGACGUGAUGCUGUCAACAGUGUGGGCCUGUCGAUGGGCCGCAUGAACAUGGGAGAGCCCAAUGGGACCGACAGCAACAGCAAUAUACAGUGAUGGACAUACACUCCCACAUGCCCAGACACAUACCUACAGUUACAACUCUGAUAUGGUACCAUAUUUAUAGAUUCGUGUACAUAGGCAUAUAUACACAAGAAACAUGCAUCGCACACACAGUAUUUCACUCACUGAAUAGGUUACAGACGACAUCACACACACACACACACACACACACACACACACACACACACACGAUACCCCUCUCCCGUUGCCCUCAGCUGUAUGUAAAGGCAUGAGUGUACCUGGACUUUAGCACCAAAGGCUGAUCACCGAAUUGAUCGGCCUUAUUUAGAGAACUACAACUCCCACGUACCUGCACAACAACAGGAAAGAAACUACAAAAACACUCCCCAUACCAAACAGGAGGAGCUGCUGUUCACCGAGUAUGUUGGGGAUCACCAGUGGAUUGACGGUGUCAGCAUGACGUGGCUGUGUCAGUGAUGUGUAUCGCGGGGUCAAGUUUUUGCAGGGCAAGCGCAGGGGCUGCCGAUCAGGGCGUGGGGCAUUAAAGAUAUGUAUGCUUCUUUUUCCUGUUUACAUCCUCAAAAAACAGGAAGUGGAACCAAACUUGUGAUUGGUUGAUUUUGUAGGGUUGUGGACAUGCCUGCCUGCCUGCGUGCGUGCACAUGCUUCAACAUGUAAAUGUCAGUGCAGUUAUAUUUGAAAAUGUGUUUUUGUUUGCAAACACGAGCGGAUCUCGCCGUCCGGCGGGCAACAGUGAGAAAAAAAUUCCGACGUGUGGUGUGGUGUGGUGGUUUAUCUGUUGCAGAGACGUGUGGAGAUAAUCUCAGCUGCAGUCUAAUCUGAGCCCUCUCCGUCCUUUUCCUCUUGGGAGGAGAUUCCUGUUUUUGUAGCACUACACUGCACCCGUCCUCUGCUUGAAGUCAAGUGGAGGAUCCCCCCCCCACAAAACUCUGGUCACAGGCCAGUCAGUUUAUCGGAAAGGCUCACAACAGGGCCCGGAUCAGAUUAGAAGUGUUUCUCCCUACCUGUUGUGUGUAAAUAGGUAACAUAGAGAGGUUUUAUUGCACAUCUGAUGCUCACAAGAUGCAAGAUGCAGUAUAACAGAAGUAGGAUGCUAUGUGUAGUGUGAGGCAGCCGGGGGGAGUUGAAAUGUGAAGUCACACUCUAUCCAUUGUCUUUCUACAUCCUCCUUUCCUCCCAUGUUGCUGUCUGCUAAAAAAAAACAGCAGUGAUGGCCGUGGAAUAUCCAGCCUAAAAAGCAGGAAAUUAUAUUUCACAGAGGAAACCAACUCUUCUUGUCAAGGCAGCGGCCAAGACAGCAAGAAGAAGUCAGAAGAAAAGGUCUUUGUAAAGCAUUUAUAUUAACGCAUCAGUGCAUGCAGAGUUAAGUUCUUUGAUAAUAAUGUGAAGAUUAUAUUUGUGCUCUGUGUUUCACUAUGGUAGGAUUUUUUUUUUCUUUUUGUUUUUCUGGCUAAUAUAAAUGAACUGAGGAAUAAUGAAUAAUUUAUUUUGUACAUAAUGUUAAUUUAAUUUAUUUUUUUUAUUGAUUUUGUGUUAUAAUUUGGUUGUUUUUCAUGUUCUCUCUUUCUUUUUCUCUUUUUUCACAACUUGUGUUUCUGGUUUCUUUCGACGCUGUACAGAAUGACGGUACGCUUCUAUUCAAAGUGUCAAGUCCACGUUCUCUCCUCUCUUCUUUGUCGAUGUACAGGAGUUGUUUUUAAUGAUAAAUAUGAAUAACGAUAAACAAAUAUUAAACUAGCAUUGAUGAAUGACCAUAUUAUAUACAGAGGCACAGGCAUUCAGGCAGCCCAUAGCAUGAUUGCAUGGUUAAAAUUUGCGCUGUUCCAAGCAAAAAGCAGCAAGACACAUUUUAACAGAAGAGCCGGUGUGUUGCCAUCACAAUUUAAAGGAAAAAAAGUGUACUCUCUCUCUGAUCAUAAUUCUUGAUGAUUCCUCUUGUUAUUUGAUGAUAUUUAUGAUUCUAUGAUUAUUAUGAUUCUAUUUAUUAUGGACAUUAUUCUUAAUAUUUAAGCUCUCUCUGCUGGUUGCUCUUCAUGUUGCGUUGCUCCUUGGUUGAUCUUGUUGUGCUUCUUUGGGAGAGGUGAACCCCCCUGGGAGACCCUGUGCCAUAGAAAUUGUGCCACGGUUCUUACUUUCUUUACCUCUCUCUCUCUCUCUCUCUCUCUCUCUCUCUCUCUCUCUCUCUCUUACUCUUUCUCUCUCUGUCUCUCGCUCUCUCUCUUUUUCCUCUCUUUCUGUUUUGACUCCCCAGUCACUAACACUGUAAGCAUGCCCCAUGGGACGAUCCACUUUUUUACUCUUGAAUAAAAUAUGCAUGAACCUUU